AACAAAUCAAUUUUUUUUUACUAGUUUUUAAGUAUAUUUAUAAAACGGAACGAAACGAAACGAAGCUAACGGAAAUGUGUGCGCUGUGUAGGGAUUCUGUUUUCAGAAUCUGUGGCAUGUAACGGUAUAGUUGGACGUACGCGAGUGUGUGUGUGUGCGUGUGUGCGAGUGUGUGUGUGUGAGUGCGAAGCGCGGAAUCGGAAUCGUAAUGCAAAGACGGCGUUAUGGCACUGCAAGGCUGGCGCUUUUUCGGUGUCUCGGCAACAAUCAUCAUCUAUAUAGGCGGCGUGCUAUUUCUAUCCAUGAACAAUAUACCCGGCUCGCAUCCAAAGCGCACACGCAUCGAGCGAUUCGCCGAGUUUUCCAGCUUUCAUAGUCCCCGGUUCCCCAUGCCCAGUCGAAAGAUGACCAUUCGCUGGUGUCGCGACCUCAAGUAUCUAAAUCGCGAGCUUCCAAACUACACAGACUACAAAGCGGGCGACUACUACACUGCUUUGCCCAGCGAUGCAAGCGCCAAUCUACAAUUACAGGGUAUUGCGCCGUCGCCCAUGCUGACCGCCUUGGCGAGCUUUCCGGGAAGCGGCAAUACGUGGCUGCGUUAUUUGCUGCAGCAGGCGACGGGCAUAUUGACGGGCAGCAUAUACAAGGACUACGGCCUGCUGAAGACGGGCUUUCCGGCGGAGAACGUGUGCAACAGCUCCGUGUUGCUGGUGAAGACGCACGAAUGGGGCGCCAAGGCAUGGGCGCCCUUCUCCAAGGCGAUACUCCUCGUCCGCGAUCCCGAAAAGGCGAUCAUAGCCGAGUUCAAUCGUCAGAGCGGCGGACACAUUGGCUUCGCCUCCCCAGAUCGCUACAAGCGCACCAAGGGCAAAUAUUGGCAACAGUUUGUGAGCAACAAGCUCAAAGGCUGGGAGCUCAUGAACCUCAGCUGGGCGCGCAAUUUCACGGGCAGCAUUAAGGUUGUAUUCUACGAUGAUCUGGUCCAGCAUACGGAGCGCGAGCUGCGCCACAUACUCGAGUUCCUCGAGUAUCCUGUCAACGAGCAGCUGCUGCGCUGCGCCUUGGUGCGCAAGGAGGGCAUCUUUCGCAGGAAGAAGCGUCUGCUGUCCUUCGAUCCCUACACGGACGCCAUGCGAGCUGAGUUGGUGGCACGGCGUCGCAUCGUCUACGGCAUGCUGGGCAGAUACGAUUAGACUAGGAUUAAGCAACGAGCAAAAGCAAUGCAGAUAACCACCUAAGGAGGACCGUUCGGCGUCCGACAUCCAGCACCACUCAGUUCUCUACUCUCACAGCUUCCCCAUGCAGAUCCACAAAUGCCUUUCAGUUCGAGUCCUUGCUGCAAAAGGACUCUACAUAGGACCAUAGAUCUCAAUCGAAUGCCGUUUAGAAGCCAACAAACAAACGAAUGAAUAACAACUACAAACUAAGAACUAGGAAUUAAGAACUAAGGAUCAAGGCGUAAGGCGUAGACGUAAGCACCACAAUAAUACAUUUAUAACGAGCCCUGCCCGAUUCGCCCUCUGCCAUGCGCAUCGUUUCGUCUCCUUUGCUGCUUAGUUCAAAUAGCUAUACUGCAGAUAUAUAAAUAUAUAUAUACAUAUAUAGCAUAUAUAUACAAAUUUUUUUGUUCUAAGUUCGAUUCGGUUUCUUUGUUUAGGAUAGACUGUAGGAGUAGUCAUGCAUGCGAUUGCAACGAGAACAAAAAUCGAGGUAUUAUGAUUCCUGAACGAAUUUAUGAAAUUCAUUAUACGCCAUGUUGUGCUUCAUCG